AUGAAGUCAGCACAUGAGGCCGCCAACCAAGAACUUGCCGAGCGGAAUGAGGCCUUGGGGGAGAAGAGGCCAAUGCUGGAGAUGUUGGUUUGGAACACGAAACAGAUACUUAAAUCGACAACUACUGGCUCUUUGAUUACUUUCUUGGCCUACUGCAAGUCUUCAAUAGCUGCUUCAGUAUAUCCACUAGAGGCAUCAGCAGUGGGCCUUUUUGACAACACAUUACCAUCCAAAGAGGUCCUUGAUAUAUGGAGAAAUGCCGAUGCUGUAUGCUUUGAUGUGGACAGUACAGUGUGCCUGGAUGAGGGCAUUGAUGAACUUGCAGAGUAUUGUGAAGCUGGAAAGGCAGUUGCUGAGUGGACUGCUAGGGCAAUGAGUGGCUCGAUUCCUUUUGAGGAAGCUUUGGCUGCCAGAUUAUCUCUUUUCAAACCUUCGCUCUCCCAGGUGCAAGAUUUCCUUGAGAAGAGGCCCCCAAGAAUUUCUCCGGGAAUUGAUACGUUGGUUAAGAAGCUGAAGGACAAGAAUACGGAUGUGUAUCUGAUCUCCGGAGGCUUUCGUCAAAUGAUAAAUCCUGUGGCAUCAAUCCUUGGUAUACCACUCGAAAACAUAUAUGCCAAUCAACUUUUAUUUGGAAGCUCCGGAGAGUUCUUGGGAUUCGAUACUAAGGAGCCAACCUCAAGAAGCGGAGGGAAAGCAACCGCGGUUCAACUGAUAAGGAAGGCUCAAGAAUACAAGUAUAUGGUCAUGAUUGGAGAUGGUGCAACUGAUCUUGAGGCUCGUCAGCCGGGUGGUUCUGACUUGUUUAUAUGCUACGGGGGAGUUCAACUCCGGGAGAGUGUUGCAGCUAAAGCUGAUUGGCUGGUGUUCAAUUUUAAGGACUUGAUCAAUUCGUUGGACUAG